GACCAGAGACUGCGGACACAGUACAGGAGAUGACCAGAGACUGCGGACACAGUACAGGAGAUGACCAGAGACUGCGGACACAGUACAGGGGAUGACCAGAGACUGCGGACACAGUACAGGAGAUGACCAGAGACUGCGGACACAGUACAGGAGAUGACCAGAGACUGCGGACACAGUACAGGAGAUGACCAGAGACUGCGGACACAGUGCAGGAGAUGACCAGAGACUGCGGACCAGUACAGGAGAUGACCAGAGACUGCGGACACAGUACAGGAGAUGACCAGAGACUGCGGACACAGUACAGGAGAUGACCAGAGACUGCGGACACAGUACAGGAGAUGACCAGAGACUGCGGACACAUGUGGGCGCUCGGACAGCCGGAUGCCCAGUGCGCAUGCGCGAGAAGCGCUGCGCUUUGUGAUUGGUCCGGCAGCUUCUGGGAUCUGUCAUGUGUCCCAGGUACCGCCUUACCAUUCACAGAGCACUGCUUCUUGCGCAUGCGCACUUGGGACCCGGCUGUCACGCACACUACAGAAGCCGGGAAGACAGCGCGCCGCUGGAUAGAGGGACAGGUACGGUCCCACUGCAGAGCUGAGCGGCCGGCCCGGUAUUCUGACACAGCGGCGGUGGAAAUACCGGACCGGCCGCUCUAUAUUCGCUCUAUAAGACGCACUGAUAUUUUCCCCCCUUUUUUGGGGGAAAAAAAAGUGCGUCUUAUGGAGUGAAAAAUACGGUAUUCUCCUGG